AUGGAAUCUCGUCCUCAUCCUCCCCAAUCUCCCCCACAACCGGCUACCCAAACACAAUCACACCCGACGACAUCCACCUCCACCACGCCGCCGCCGCCGACGCGCACUCCCACCACACCCACUCCGAUUCCAGCAGACCUAGUCAGCUACAUAGCUAGCAUCCUUCACGAUGCGAGACAACAACGCACCCUCGCAAACCUAGCACGUACAUCCACCACUGCAUACAGCGUCGCUGCCCCACUCCUCUAUCGCGACCUGCUCGUUACGCACCAUGGAGUCGGUGCGCUGUUCGACCUAGCCGGUGUCACUCCUCCUCCGCCCAUCGGAAUCGGGACCUCGUUCCCCUCCUCCUCACCCGAUACGUCCACCCUCCUCUCCUUCCCACCCCCCACCCCCGCACCCACGACAACACGUGAGAGUCCGACCCGACCGCGUACCGCCGCCGCAGGAACGGGCUCGCACGGCAACCAUGCACAGCUACCUGCAGCGCUGUCGGAACUGAGACUCAGCCCACCUUCACAGUCGGAUGCAACUGUGUCCCGCAACAAUGGCCCAAAGCUAGAGACAGACCCACCGGCACGCGGUAGCCGACCGCAAGACAGACGCAUCGCGGCCCUCGCCCACGUCCGUCACCUGACGAUCCGCUCCUUGCCCCCGGACCAUGUCUGCGCUGGGCUCGCCCGCGCUGCUGCCGCUCGUCUCGAGGCUGCGGGUGACCAGAAUGUUCGACAUGGCCUGACGGCAUUGACACAACUCGAACCUGGCGAUCAUCAAGUCGACCCCGCACUGGCCGUUGGGAACCGCCUACUCCCGAUAGAUACGACCGAGGUGUCGCUGCUAUUCCCGCGGCUUCGAACGGUGACCCUCUUGCCGGACGCCAUUGACGCAGUGCGCACAUGGACCCCAUACGACUACAGUCGUCCCCGCAAUCCGCCGCUGCUCGAGGCACUCGCGGCCUCUUCUCGCCCCACUCACCUCUGCUUUGCAUUCCGCCUUGUGCCGUCAACAGACUGGGAGACUCAUCGUGACCUCACCCUCUCUGGGCAGUACCAGCUGGUCAAGCGGAUCGCCCUACUCACGGCGCAGUGGCCCCUCGAGUCGGUGACGUACCACGAUCUCGUCUUCCAGGUACCGCCGUCUAUCCCCCACACGACCAACAUCUACGACUUUGCCCCGCACGUCGUACCGCACCCGUACUUUGCCCGUCGGUUCCGGUUCCCGACACGGGCCGAUGCCGUCCAUAUACCCGGUCCAGAGUGGACGAUUCGCCCAUGGCAGAUGGCGAUUGCGAUCAAGAACUUGCUGCCAUCCGGAGGCGACGCCGACGCAGCUCUGGUCGACACGCGAUGGGUGUUUAGAAAUGUUGGCGGACACAUUCUUUCAAAGGAGCAGCGGGACGAUGACGACUCGACCGGGGUGUGGUUCGAGGAGAUCGAGGCGAUGAGCCACUCGAGUUUGAUCACGGGUCUGAGGCGUGACCUUCCUUCGAGGGACGGCAUCGACGACGCCGACGUGGACAAGGUGUUCGCCAAGGUGGUGUACGAGCGCACGGCGAAGACCCAGACGACCAUCCGGUAUCAGGCCUCGACGGCUUGUAGCCGGUGGCAGGUGUAGAAAGAAAUAGAGGCUGGCGCGGUGAGCGCUUGCUGUUAGAGCCUCGUGUAUGGCUUCAUGCACGAAUACAAUGUCC